CUGUCAUUUCCGAACAGCACAGAGCUAGAGUAAAGUCAGCGUGAAAAAGGAAGAGUUGCAGUGUGCUGGAAUUCUUCCUGCACAGCCUGGAUUAUUACAGGAGACGGACUUCAAGAGGUUUAAAAAGCAGAGGAUUUAAAAAAAAAUAGUUCAAAAUGGAGUACUUUGAGAAAGAGCUUUGUAAGGACAACUGAUGUUUGACUUCUAGAACUACUGAAGGAAUUUUUCAAAAUGAGCAUUGUAAUGAAGCCAAGAUCCCGAUCUACCAGCUCCUUAAGGACUGCCGACACAAUGUGUUUUGAUGUAGACAAUGGUACAUCAUCGGGACGAAGUCCCUUGGAUCCCAUGACAAGCCCUGGAUCAGGGCUAAUUCUUCAGGCAAAUUUUGUCCACAGUCAACGUAGGGAGUCUUUCCUUUACCGGUCAGACAGUGACUAUGACCUGUCUCCAAAGUCCAUGUCCAGGAACUCCUCCAUUGCCAGUGAUAUACAUGGAGAUGACUUGAUUGUGACACCAUUUGCUCAGGUGCUGGCCAGCCUCCGUACUGUACGGAAUAACUUUGCCGCGUUAACCAAUCUACAAGAUCGGGCACCCAGCAAACGAUCACCAAUGUGUAACCAACCAUCUAUUAACAAAGCAACCCUGACAGGGCUAAAUGAGCAGUCGCUUCUUGGAGUGGUGGGAUUCUUACUGCUUCGUGUCACGCACAGUAAUGCUGUACAUGUGCACAAACACAUGAAAACAGCCCUCUCCUGGCUGCGGGCUGAGCUGACCGUGGCACCACCGCCUUUCAGAAGGGUCCCUGCCCUCAGCCUCCGUGUUCCCCCGGGCGAGGCUCCGCUGGGAGCGGUGUGCGGUGGCCGGCGGCAGCG